AUGGCAAAUAGUGAGGCUUGUUGUUCAACUCAAAUUAUUGAUGGAGAUGGUACAUUCAAUAUUUCUGGGGUUGAAAACUUUAUGAAGGAGGUGAAGUUGGCUGAAUGUGGGCUUUCGUACGCUGGUGCUGACCUGAUGGAUCUGCUUGUUUUCAGGUCUCAAACAACCAAAGGAAUCUGGAUGGCUAAUUGUACCGGCAUAGAGCCUUGUACACUUGUGAUGGAUUUGGAGGGUACUGAUGGAAGAGAACGCGGAGAGGAUGACACUGCUUUUGAAAAGCAGAGUGCUCUAUUUGCUCUUGCUGUAUCAGAUAUAGUGUUAAUAAAUAUGUGGUGCCAUGACAUUGGCCGUGAGCAAGCUGCAAAUAAGCCACUUUUGAAAACUGUCUUUCAGGUCAUGAUGAGAUUGUUUAGUCCACGAAAAACAACAUUGUUGUUUGUCAUACGGGAUAAAACAAGGACACCACUUGAAAAUUUAGAACCUGUUUUGCGAGAAGAUAUUCAGAAGAUAUGGGAUUCUGUUCCUAAACCACAGGCCCACAAAGAAACCCCAUUAAGUGAAUUUUUCAACGUUGAAGUUGUUGCUCUUUCUAGUUAUGAAGAAAAGGAAGAGCAAUUUAAAGAACAGGUUGCCAACUUGCGGCAACGAUUCCAGCAGUCUAUUGCUCCUGGUGGGCUUGCAGGGGAUCGGCGUGGAGCAGUUCCUGCUUCUGGCUUUUCUUUUAGUUCUCAGCAUAUAUGGAAAGUUAUUAAGGAGAACAAAGAUCUCGACCUUCCUGCACAUAAGGUUAUGGUUGCUACUGUUCGCUGUGAAGAAAUCUCCAAUGAGAAAUAUGCCUCUUUUGUUGCAAAUGAGGAUUGGUGUCAAUUGGAAGAGGCUGUGCAAUCUGGCCCAGUACCUGGAUUUGGGAAAAAGCUCAGCUCACUCCUUGCAUUCCAAUCUGCGUUAGGACAUAUAAGAUCUGGAACAUUGGAUAAAUUCAAGGAGUCAUUUGACAAGGCUUUGAAUGGAGGGGAAGGGUUUUCUGUGGCUGCUAAUAAUUGCAAGGGGUCUUGUAUAGUUCAAUUCGAUGAAGCAUGUGCAGAUGUUGUUGUUGAACAAACAAAUUGGGAUACAUCUAAAGUGCGAGAAAAACUGCUGCGGGAUAUUGAUGCACAUAUUGCAAAUGUGCGAGCAACCAAAAUUUCUGAACUUACAUCAUCAUAUGAGGAAAAACUUAAACAAGCGUUGUCUGGACCUGUUGAAGCACUUUUGGACGGAGCUAAUAGUGAUACUUGGUCAUCGAUAAGGAACCUUCUUAAGCGUGAGACUUUAUCCGCCAUUUCAGGUUUCUCUGCUGCACUUAUUGGGUUUGAUAUGGAUGAUGAAACAAGACAGAAAAUGCUUUCAAGUUUAGAGGAUUAUGCAAGGGGUCUGGUAGAAGGAAAGGCUAGGGAAGAAGCGGGAAGAGUUCUAAUGCGCAUGAAGGAGAGGUUUACAAUGUUGUUUAGUCAUGAUUCUGAUUCAAUGCCUCGUGUUUGGACGGGCAAAGAAGAUAUACGAGCCAUCACCAAGACUGCUCGCUCUUCUUCUUUGAAGUUGCUAUCUGUCAUGGCUGCAAUCCGUUUGGAUGAUGCUGACUCUGACAAUAUUGAGAAAGUGUUAGCAGUUGCUUUGGUGGAACCAUCACCAAGUAGUAAUGGUACAAGGAGCAUGACAGUGGUUGAUCCACUAGCUUCUAGCAGCUGGGAACAGGUUUCAUCCUCUAAAACAUUGAUAACACCUGUCCAGUGCAAGUCUUUGUGGAGGCAAUUCAAAACAGAGACAGAGUACAGUGUAUCUCAAGCCAUUUCUGCACAGGAAGCAAACAAGCGCAACAACAACUGGUUACCUCCCCCUUGGGCAAUUGCUGCCUUGGUUAUUCUGGGAUUUAAUGAAUUUAUGACACUUUUAAGAAAUCCCUUGUAUUUGGGUGUCAUCUUUGUUGGUUAUCUUCUUAUUAAAGCCCUAUGGGUGCAGCUUGACAUUUCGGGUGAAUUUCGCAAUGGAGCUCUUCCGGGACUCAUAUCCUUGUCUAGCAAGUUUAUUCCAACCAUCAUGAAUCUGAUGAAAAAGCUAGCAGAGGAGGGACAGAAUCAUGCAGCUAACAAUCCUCAGAGAACCCCAUCAAAAAACAGUUACAAUGAGAGUCAUGCUGUGUCGUCAAGUUCAUCAUCUAACCUGACUGCAUUGGACAACGGAGCCGAGUAUGCCAGUUCAGUAAAAGAAGAGUAG